AAAUUUUGAAUAAAAUGGAUUAUUACUACCAAGACUUGAAUGAUAGCGCCCCAGAGCUCACCCUACCACCAAAAAUAUCACUAGAAAAUAUACCAGACAGGAGCAGAUUGCCCAAGAUCAAUAACCCAGUCAACUUCAGUAACGAGUACAUUCUAAAAAGUAUGAAGAAUAAAAUGAAAGAGAUUUAGUAAUCAAAAGAGGCAAAAUUUGUCACUCUCAACUACUUCAUUGCCUGGAAAAUUACUUAGAAAAGACAUUCCAAAACAUGUAGUCAAAAAGUCUUUAAAUAACACCAAAUCAGUUAAAUCUACCAAAUAAGAUCACUCUGAGGCUUGACCCCUUAUGCAGAGAGAUGCCAUUUCAGGAGUCUAGAAGGCAGAAGAUUACAAAAUUUGCCUUUCCGAUUAACAAAUCAGUCAACUCUUUUUCGGCAAAGAAGAGCUAUUUUGAAGAAUUUGCCCAAAAGAAAGCAUCCUUACCUUCUCCAAGCAAAUAUAAUAUACAUCAGACUUGGGACUUACUAGAGGGUAAUAAAAGGACUCCAUAUGCUAAGCGAGGGAGCCUAAUAGCUGAGAUUAUUAAGCGAAGUAAGAACCUUACUAGUUCUAUAAAUUACCCAACUGAACAUAAGAUUAAAGUAAAAGGAAUUUACAAAAACAAGGCACCUAAGCAUCAAUACUUUGAUCACAAGUUUCCUCUUCCAAAGAUACCAGGAGCUAAGCAUGCUUAAGAGUCUCACAAGCAAAGAAGGAAUUUUGUGAGUCUUAGUCAGACAAAUCAGAACUUAUAGAUUUGAGUAAGUUUAUGAUAACUUUCAAUUUUG